AUGCACGCGAUGUCGCGCAAUUUGUCUUAUGGUGCAUCGUCUCAAAAAUUGCAUGCUGAUGCAGCGAAUAAUGUGCGACAUGAUGGCAUAAUGAAUUCUCGCAGGAGUGUUACAUCAUAUUCUUCGAAAAUGUCAUCGAGCUCAAGACCUCGUGGAAUAUUGCGACGCGUGAGGCAUCAACAACCUAAACGGCCGUCAAAAUUCAUGGAUCUCAAUAUUAUAAGCUUACCUUCAAGUGCGGUAUAUGAAUCCAGACAGCAAAAUGGCUCGCAAGUGAAGCAAUCAAGAAAACUCGGAAAUCGGCACGAAACUACCAGUUGGUCUCGCAGUAUUGGUUGUAGAAGAAGACGGAACUAUAAUAAUGAUGAAGAUGACUCGGAUAAUCUGGGUUUGUUGUCGGAAAAAAGAACUAACACACCAAAAAAAAUUGGACCACGCCUGAAUUCAAAUGACUCUUCUUCUUCUUCAGUUUCUCUGCUUGUUCCAUCAGUAUCAGCAGGUCCACUAUUGCUGCGAAAUUCAAGUUUAGAAACGAGACAACAAAAUUUAGUUGAUGAAUCUGGAUCUUCUCAACAAGGAACCUCAUCCUCUGUGGUUGACUCAAGAAGAACUUGGUGGGAUACUGAACAUGAAUCUAAUACAAAUAAAAAUAAAAAUCGCAAAGAAUAUAAUCGUUAUCGUGAUUCAUCAUCAGGAAGUACGGAAGAAGAGUAA